AUGGCAGCUGCAGACUCAACACCCAUCCCCGUGGUUUCGUUUGAGAAAUUCCUCACUGGCGACCGAGCAGACCAGAAGGAGGUAGCGCGAAGAGUGUACGAUGCGUUCUCUGAGGUUGGAUUUAUAUAUCUGAAGGAUUAUGGGAUUCCUCAGACGAGAGUGGACGAGAUCUUUGCCCUGGCCGAAAAGUUCUUCUCCCUUCCCUUAUCGACCAAGCUCGCUUAUAAGCUCUCGUCGGCGCACGUCAACCAGGGAUACACUGCUGAUGGGGCGGAGGGAAUCAACGAUCACAAGGAAUGUUACGAGCACCGUCGCUUCGUAAACGACCUGUGCCCUUCAGAGAGAGAAUUUCCCCAGUUCAAAUCCACCCUCGACGACUUUUACAAGCAAUGCCUGACCCUCGCCAUGAAUGUGCUCAAGUGUCUGGCCAUGGUGAUGAACCUUGGGGACGACUUCUUCGAAGGCAUCACGAAGAAAGCGGAUCCACAGAUGCGGCUGAUUCACUAUCCGCCCAUCGAACGCAGAGUGAUCGAGCAGCAGGGCCACGCCAGGAUCAAUGCCCACACGGACUUUGGCUUGUGCACGCUGCUCUUCCAGGACGGCGUCGGGGGGUUGGAGGUGGAUCCGUCACACGAGAAUAAAUUCAUCCCAGCGCCACCUAUCCAAGGGGCCGUCCUGAUCAAUAUCGCCGACUUGCUCCAGCGGUACACCAACGGCCGCGUCAAAUCCACGCGGCACAGGGUGGUCAGUCCCUCGCUGGACCGGUUCAAAGACUGCGACGUAUUGCCGUCCAGGUAUAGCAUCCCCUUCUUUGUGCACCCGGACCCUGAGACGGUCAUCGACCCGAUCGUGUUGACCGAAGGCGAGGUCAAGUUGUAUGAGCCAGUCAAUGCAGGACAGUGGAGAGACUGGAAGACGGCGACAAACUACAGAUUGAAAGGUGACAAUGGUGAGGAGGUGAGUUUGAGGAGCGUCGCCGUGGAGACCUGA